GAUAUUAAAUCUUACGGCGUACCUAACUCGUAAGUUGUAAUGUAAAUGCAUACUACGAACUUUAAAAUAGCUUUAUGGUUUAAGACUUAUACAAAUUGUACAGAAAAUGUGCUGUUUAGUGUUUUGGUAGACGUUUUGUUACGUACCUAGUUUGUUUAUUAAUUUUUUUUAUGGCUUAUUAUUAAAAUCCGAUCAUUUUUAUGCGUUUUAAAUCAAAUUAAAAUAUCAACAAUUCACGAUGGUUCCCCAUCCGAUAUUUGUAAUGAACGCGGAAACGUCGCGCUAUUACAUUGAUAAUUUGUAUACACAAGAUAAUGUAAAAUGCUACCAAGCACUGAAUUUCAUCAAGAAUUCUAUCAUGGGCAGCAAUAGACAAAAAGGCAUUGUCAUUGUCAAUGGCAUACUACCGAGGCUUUUACAAAUAUUACCUGAUCAUUCAAAAACUCCAGAAAUUCGUUUGGAAACAGUGGUGAUACUAGGUUCUUUAGCUAAAGGAACUGAAGACCAAGUAAGAGCGCUAGUAGACGAAAAUGUUGUAGCCUGUAUAUUUAGCGCUUUUCUUUUGAACGACGAACCAAAAUUUACUGAAGCGUGUCUCCGUUGUAUUCGCACUAUUCUAGAAUUUCCAUUUGCUGAUCAAAGUGUUGUAUUUAGUGACGUUGCAAUUAUACGGAAAUUAAUUAAAAUUAUUGAUGAAUCAGUAAGCAACAGUAUAUGUGCCAUGUAUAUUCUCUCUUAUUCUUGUCGCACUUCAGUCCAUCAAAAUAUUUUAUGGGAAGAAGGUUUUGGUUUUAUUUUAGCCAAUUUACUGAAUACUGAAUUAGAUGAUUUAUCCAUUGCCACAUUAAAAUGUUUUGCUCGUGUAUGCCAAGACAAUUCGAUGAUAUCUUCAGCUUUAGCAGAAACUGAAUACAGUGGUAAAACAAUGCCAGAAAUGUUAGAUUUAAUGAGAGGUGGAGAUCGUCCUACAGAAAUGAGAUUGGCUGCUUCAAAAUGUAUAACAUAUUUGUAUCGUGCCGGUGCAUUGGAGGUAAACAACUCCAAAGUCAUGUUUGGAGCAUUACCUACACUUGUCCGACUAUGUCAAAACGAUCAAAAAUGGGAACAGCGCGUUGAAGCAGCUGAAAUAUUGGCUGUCCUAAUUGAGGACGACGCUGAACUACAAUCUCUGGCGAGCAUAUCUAAUCAUUUAUUACAAACGUUGGCAGAAUUUGUCAAUUUCCCAACUCAUCCCGCAGGGGAAUACGGCGGUAGUCAUUGUGGGGAGCACGUGGCUAGAGAGAUGAAACAAGCUGCUUUUAAGGUGUUUGCAUCUCUUGGUGCCAACGAUGAAGAAAUUCGCAAACGUAUCAUCGAAACUGACAAUCUAAUCGAUCAUAUUGUAUGCGGUCUUAAAGAUCCUAGUCCUAAAGUUCAGUUGGCAGCAGUCCGCUGUCUACAUUCGCUGUCUCGUUCUGUUCAACAACUGCGUACCACGUUUCAGGAUCACUCGGUUUGGAAACCGUUAAUGACUUUGUUAGAAGGCGCUUCAGAUGAAAUUCUCAGUGUCACUUCAUCUACAUUGUGUAAUCUUUUGUUGGAAUUUUCACCAUCUAAAGAGCCAAUACUGGAAUCUGGUGCUAUUGAACUGUUUUGCAGCCUGACUAAAAGAGAUGAUCACUCGUUAAGAUUAAAUGGUAUAUGGGCUUUGAUGAACAUGGCUUUUCAAGCAGAACAAAAAAUUAAAUCACAGAUCUUGAACACUCUUGGUACCGAUCAAAUAUUUAAUUUAUUAUCAGAUUCGCAUGUCAAUAUACUUAUGAAAACAUUAGGUUUACUGAGGAAUCUGUUGUCCACAAAACCACAUAUAGACUAUAUAAUGAAUCUUUGUGGAGGAGAUAUAAUUCAAGCUGUAAUGAUGAUACUCGAAGGUGAACAUUUACCUGAGGUCAAAGAGCAGGCGUUAUGUAUUUUAGCUAAUAUAGCUGACGGCGAUGUUGCUAAAGACUAUAUUAUGAGAAAUAAUGAUAUACUAAAAAAAAUUCAAGAAUAUAUGACAAAUGGUAAUGCUAAAUUACAAGCAGCUGCAAUAUUUUGUGUAUCAAAUCUAGUUUGGAAAGAAGAUAGUGGUGCAGCCGAUAGACAAGCAAAACUAAAAGAAAUGGGUAUUUUUAAACUUUUACAACAAUUGAUAACAACGUCAGAUUCAUUACUAUUCGACAAAGUUAAGACUGCAUUGACACAGUUCUCGGAUUCUUGACUAAGUAGCUGCUUAAAUUCAUCACCUUCGGUCGGAGUUUAAAAAAAAAUUGAUUGUUCAUUUUAUUCCUUAAAAGUUUAAUAAUCUGAAAUUGUGAUGUAUUUAAUUUAAAAUCGGUUUUCUUUUUUUAUGUAGUAAAAAAAAAUAAAGAGGCAGUAAAUAAUAAUAUAUGUAUUUACUUUAAAAUUGUCUUAUUAUCUUGAAACUUUAUUUUGUACAAAUAUAUUUGUAAUUUUUUUUUUAUACAUAUAAAUAAAUAAAUAACCCCCUUAGGUUAUAUAAUAGAU